AGCUACUCCCGCAACGACGCCGUUGAGGUUCGGGCAGCCAUAAAAUGUCGUCAUCUUCUUCCCUUCCCUUUCCCCCAUUUCACACCGCAGCGCGACACGAGAGCCCGCGACCUUCGUUCCAGCGCAGCGCCACCUUCCUUCCGACUUCCGAGGGAAGUGUUUUUGUUUGGGGCUGAACUAGAGCGUUCGGGACCAUGGGGCUCACGUUCACGAAGCUGUUUAGCCGGCUUUUCGCCAAGAAAGAGAUGAGGAUUUUGAUGGUGGGUCUUGACGCUGCUGGUAAGACCACCAUCUUGUACAAGCUUAAGCUCGGAGAAAUCGUCACCACCAUCCCCACCAUUGGUUUUAAUGUAGAGACUGUUGAAUACAAGAACAUCAGCUUCACAGUUUGGGAUGUCGGGGGCCAAGACAAGAUCCGUCCAUUGUGGAGGCACUACUUCCAAAACACGCAGGGUUUAAUUUUUGUCGUGGAUAGCAAUGAUAGGGAUCGAGUUGUUGAGGCAAGAGAUGAGUUGCAUAGGAUGCUGAAUGAGGAUGAACUGAGAGAUGCUGUGUUGCUCGUCUUUGCCAACAAACAAGAUCUCCCUAAUGCAAUGAAUGCAGCGGAAAUAACUGACAAGCUUGGUCUUCAUUCUCUCCGUCAACGUCACUGGUACAUCCAGAGCACCUGUGCAACCUCCGGAGAGGGCCUUUAUGAGGGUCUGGACUGGCUUUCCAACAAUAUUGCCAACAAGGCUUGAGGCUUUCUCAGCAUGGCACCAGAAGCACGUGGUUUGUAAGGGAUUAGUUUUUUGUCUUGUUGUUGGUAUACUAUUGUAAAAGCUCAAUUGUUGCUUCAACUUUAUAUGUAAUGUGACGUGGGAUUGCAUUGCUGCUGUUUUGGCCAACACUCUUAAGCGGUGAAAGUGACUUGCAAGACCUUUCAGAUUUCCUGGCAAGGUUGACAUGGGGUUAACUGAGCUGUAUUAGGAUUUUGCAGAAGUUAAACCGGAAGUUUAUUCUCGUGACCUCUUAUGAUCUACUUUCUUGUUUAUCUAUUUGAAAACAUCCAAAGCCCGCUGCAUGUAUAAGCUCAUUAUUAUAAAGUUGAUUGUGCUACUGCCUUCAUCACCAUUACAGACAGAAUGGCGGUGGAGUUUUGCGACCAGUGGAAGAAUAUUUCUUUUUGUGUUU